UUCAUCCCUGCACUCAGCAACCUUCUCCAGCACAGUCCUUAGAUUCAGAUGAAAUGAAGACCAAAGUAGAUACAGCUGUGCUGAAGCAAUCUCUCAACCAGGACUCUGUUGUUAAAAAACUGAAGAGAUGUUCCUCAUGGCCACUUCUAAGACAAAGCAGUUUUGCCUUCAGUGAGGCUCAGUCUCAAACACCCAGCACUGGGUCAACUGCUCUGCAGUCCUUAGCUUCAGGCAAUUCAGAUGCAGUAAAUCAGUUGGCAAAUGACACGGAAAAGAUGAAAAUAAAGGAUCUAGUUGACAGAUCAUCAGUCUCUCACAGGCUGACAGCAAACCAAGAUCCUUGUCCAUACAGAGGUUUGCUCAAUCUAGGUGCAACGUGCUAUCUGAAUGCAACCUUGCAGGUGCUCUUCAUGACCCAAGCGUUCAGAGAGAGAGUGCUGCUGCUAACUCCUGGUGACACAAGUGAGAAAUUAGAGUCAGCAUUAAAGGAACUAUUUAAAGAGCUCAGCAAUCAGGUCAGGGGUGCUCAGAGCAUCUCAACGGAAGGAAUAAUCAAGGCUCUCGGUAUACAGAGAAUAUAUGAGCAGCAGGAUGCUGUGGAAUACUUCCUAGAUAUCCUAGAGAAAGUAGGCCCUGAUUUGGCCGAGGUCUUUAGUGGAACUAUGAGGAACAACAGAAAAUGUGCAGAAAAUCACGAGUCUCAUGAUGACAGCUCGUUCAAGUCACUACAGAUCGCUCUGAACAGCACAGAUGGACCGUACAGACUAGAAGAUGGGGUUCAAUCAUAUUUUGCAUCUACAAUAUUAGAUGGAGAUGACCAGAUGUACUGUGAAACCUGCGAUGAGAAAAGUGAUACAACAUGGAGUUGUGAAAUACACGAGUAUCCAACAAUACUGCCUUUGCACCUGAAAAGGUUUGUGUACGACUAUUGGUCAUGUGGGUUUGUGAAGAAUGAUUGCCCCGUGGAUGUACCGCUUCAUUUAUCUCUUGGGGAGCAGGAAUAUUGUCUCUAUGCCGUGAUCAACCACAGGGGGAGCCGUUACGGGGGUCACUACACUGCUGACAUCCGAUCUUUCACAGAGAACACGUGGUACUCUUUUGAUGACAGUCAUGUCACAGAGAUCGAUGAGAGCAAACUGGAAAGGUCUAGGGAAGCUUACUUGCUCUUGUACCGGAAACUCGACAGUCCUCCAGUUUCUCAGAUGAGGAAGGAAACCCAGAAUUCUCACAGCACUCUGACGGAUCCCAGAACUGAAGCACUGCUGCAGAGGAGCACAGCGCCAUCUUCGUCAGUUGCACGGGUGGAGCACGAAGAAGAGCCCAAAACGAAAACUACUGAACCAGUGGAAACAGGCAGAGCAGAGCAGUGUGGUGGAGCUCAUAAUAAACCACAACUGGAAGUGUCUGCUGUAACGGGGCGUCUGAGGAUCCUUGUACUGAGCAGACCAGAGACUUACAAAAAGACUCUGGCAGAGAUGAUUGUGAGUGAUGCUCGGUUCUCUGGUGAAUCGCAGCUGCAGCACGCUGAAACCAUUAGAGAUUCUCUUGAAAUGUGCAGCCCUGGUCCCCACGUGGUCCUUUGGGUGGCCCGAUUAGGGAAUAACGAGGAAGAUUUUGAAGCAUUUGAAGAAAUCUACAGGCAUCUUAAAGAAAUCUAUAGGCCAUUUGCAGCCAGUGAAUAUAUUAUGAUUGUCUUCACCAGUAAGGGUCAUCCCACAGAAAGCAGCAAAGAAAAUGCAAUGCAGUGUUAUGCAGGCAUAAAUAAUAAUCAUGUUCUUGACAUUAAUGCGGACUUGCAUGUCCAGGUGAAAGAACUUGUUACCAAAUUGCUAAAGAUUGUAGAUCAGAAUGAGAACCAAAGGCCACAUUAUGAUGAUGCCAAGAAACCACAGAAAAGAAAGCACGAGAAAACUAAGAGCAUGCAUAAAAAGGAAAAAGCCAGUAAAAGAAAUUUGUAAUCAAAUCAUUGAGAGACAGAGAAGAGAGAGGAAACUACAUGAGUGUACUAGAGAAUUGCUCUCAAGUUGGCAGAAGUAACUCUGUUUGUCAGCGUAAGAAAGAUUUAAAGUAUCAUGAAGAACAGAGACAAAACUUUGUGUGAUUCAGAUGUUAGAAAUAUCAUUAAAACGUGAAUCAUGUUUUUUUCUAUAUAUAUUCAUAUUGGAGUAUACAGGAACUGCUGAUCUGUUAAAUAUUAUACAAUGUCUAUACUGUGUGACAUUGAACAGUAUUUCAUAAAGCGCUAUACAAAUAAAGGUGACUUGACUUGACAUGUUGAAAAUUCGGAUCUUUCCGAUUCUGAUUUGGGCCACAUCAGCUUAUAACCCAGGUUGGGAAAGUUACUUUUAAAAUGUGUUUCACUACACAUUGCAAAAUACAUGCUUUAAAAAGUCAUUUGUAAUGUAUCUCGUUAGAUUGUGUAUCUCUAGUUUAGUAAGUUAUUUGGAAUACUUAAGGUUAGGGGCGUCUUGUUUUUAUGUUAACCACCUCUAAAUAAAAAUGGGUGGCAUGAAUGCAUUUAAAGCAAUUAUAAAUGCACAAAUAAU